AAUGAAGAAGUUUUUCGAAGACAUUAAAAAGGAUAUAAAAUUUAAAUCAGCGGGACCAGGAAAGAAACUCACUGACGACGGCAGCCAGUUCUUAAGAAAAGUGCGUGAUACAGUGGAAAUGUUGUGCUUCCUCACAUCACAAGUUGAUGCACUGAGUCUGGGGCAAAUACUAUUUCAUCAAAAUGGUUAAAAACACUAAGGCUCCAGCAGUGCAGACGGUUAACCAGGCCAAGCCUCGUAGUGUCCCCAGUGAGAGCACACAGAGAGCUGGAGCUGCUGCCCUGGCCAGGAUCGAGCAGCAGCACAAACCCAGACUACAGCCAUCGCAAGAUGCCAUCAGAAACCAGGUGAAGAGGGAGCUUGAGGCAGAGGCUGCAGCCAUAGCAGUGGAACAUAAAAGCGCAGAUGUAGAGGGUUCUCAUAUUCCAGGGAAGGAGGCUGCAUGUUUUUCUGUGUCCGGAGUGUACUUCAUCUGCCCUCUGACUGGGGAAACGUUAAAGAAGAGCGAGAGAGAGACGCGCGUCAAGGAGGCCAUUCUUCUGAGAUUCUCUGAGAAUCCAUUGGAGGCUUCUGUUAUGAUGAUUCACACUUUUAACAAGGACAGAGAGAAAGUGAAGGCUGCCAUCGAUAUCAUCAGCAAGUACAUUGAUAAUAUCUGUAAGAAUCCAACAGAAGAGAAGUACAGGAAGAUUAAAGUCAGCAACAAAGUUUUCCAGGAGAAGGUGAGUGUGAUCGAGGGGACUCGGGAGUUCUUGCAGGCUCUGGGGUUUGAGAGCACUAUGCUGCCGGUGGAAGGGCAAGAGGCCACAGAAGAGUUCUUGGUGUUGGCUGAGCAGGAUGCUGCAGCUUUGGAGCAGAUGAAGGAAAAGAAGGAGCAGCUACAGAACGGAGAACCCGUCCGAGCCAAGCUGAACCGUCAGCCACAAUCCUUCAGACCCUCACCACAUGCAACACGCUUCGAGCUGCCACCAGACUUUUACAACCUAACUGCAGAGGAGCUGAAACGAGAGCAGCAGCUUAAAAGCGAUUUAGUUGACAGAAAUGCCAUGCUGCGAACGAAGGCCAUGCGGGAAAAAGAUGAGCAAAGGGAGAGAAAGAAGUAUAACUAUGCCCUACUGAGAGUUCGGUUACCAGAUGGACAUAUACUCCAGGGGACAUUCUUGGCAAGGGACAAGGUUGCAGUGUUGUACCAGUUUGUGCGUGACUCCCUGGAGAACGGCUGGCAGCCCUUCGAGCUCAUGGCACCAGGAAGCCGGAAACUAAAGGAAGAUGAGGAAUUGGCACUAAAUGAAUGCAAUCUUGUCCCUGCAGCUCUGCUGACCUUCUCCUGGGACGCUGCGGUCCAAGCAGACAUUGUUGCGGCUGGAGGACAGAGCAGCUCUGUGCUGAAGCCAGAACUGUUAAAGAAUUUGCAGACCCUGAGCUGAACAACUCUGCUCACCCUGCCUGAGCCUCCUGUUCCCACUUCGCUGUUAUAGUGGUUGUCUUUUCUUACUGGAGUGCAGCCCACCCCCUGUUCGGUUACCAGAAUGUUGAUAGCGUUACAGGGUCAGAAACAUUCACAAGAUUCGUGUUUAGUCAGAAGAGCUAGCACGAACGAGCAAAAGGUUCAUCCUAUCCGACUGACCGUGACUGAAAAGGAUUUGUGAUGUUCACUGUUUGUUUGUCUUCAUAAUCGAGAAAAAUAAAUUUCUAUUGCACUGUAA